ACAACUUCACUCUUUAAAGUCAAAUUCAUCUCGCCGGGGCUUCACUUGUGUAGUGAUUCGCAAAGGAUUUCCUCGCUCUUGGAAGAAGUGCACUUGCAGGCAACAUGCGCAGUUUCCUCUUGUUGAGCCUAUUAGGCCUUCUCGCCUUCAGCAUGGCGGACGACGACUACGAGGUGCCAGAAGACAUGGUUGAGGAGGCGGAAGGAGCAGCGGAGGAGAGCGAAGAGGCGGCGGCGGCCUCUGUGGCGAACGAGGUGGGGCCGAAGCCGGAGGCGCCGACGGCGCCCACGUUCGGGGGACUGGGGGCUUUUGGGGCCCUGGGGCUCGGCGGCGGGAACUGCGACUGCGGCGUCUUCCUCACCGGUUCCUUCACCAAGGGAUCCAGCAAGCAGCCCACCGAGAACCCUGCCCUCGAGCACGAGUGCCCCGAGGAGACCGCCUGCAACGCCAUCGGACUCAAGCAGUGCACCAACAAGUGCCUUGAUGUGCUCGUGAAACACUUGCCGAACAGCCCGACGAUAAUCUGCGGAGCGAUCGACCGCGAAGUCUACAAAGAACGCGCCUACCUUUGGGUGAAACACUGCAACACAACCCAUUGGACCAACACAAACCUCUCGGCCGGCAGGGAGUACUGCUGCAAGGACAACGCCCCUUACAAAUGCCCCGUUGUCUAAACGCAACAUCUCUCUCCACCAUCCUCCUUGUAAAUACCAAAGUCUAGUCCUAAGGUUUCGUUAGUUUUUUCGUAGAUUUUUUGUAUAAAAUAUAAUAUAUUUUUUUUUUUACUUCAAUUUAUUUUCACUGAAUACCAAUUGUCUUGGUGACGAUAUAUUAAUCAGAGUUGUCCACGCAACACAUGCACAUUAGUUACAUUUUUUAAAAUUUAGGUUUAUACUUAGUUUAAUUUGAUUUCUUGCGGAAGAUUCUUCCUUUUGCAGUGGCGUGGCGUGAAUAAUCGAUUAGCGAUAUCUCGCCAUUUGAAGCUAUGGUAAAGAAUCGAUUACUAAGGUGUUCGCUGCGAACACCCUGAUAAUCGAUCUUUUUUCAUAGGUUUAAAUGGCAUAACAAUCGAUAUAUCGCAAUUCACGCCACGCCACUGUCCUUUUGCAGACUUGGCUUUAGUCUGCUGUGUGGAAGUAUCCAUUGCCUCUUUUUUUUCUUUUUUUUUUGUAUCUUACGAUUGUGUAACGACGAUUGAGAAACUGCUUGCUCCAUUCAAGCCUAAGUUUACGAAAAACAAGUACCUAGUAUUUCCUAGUGUCUCUCCAAAUAAUCUAAUCGUAGCUUUUUUAAAGGACCUCUCUAAUUUUGAGGGCCAUAAACGGCCUAAUUCCAGGACAGAAGUUGAACCCACCUUGGACUCCUUAAACUCUAGCUUUUUGACGAUGAAAAAUUAAAAGUCACGAAAAUCAUUGGUUUUGGCAAGUCAUGGAAUCCUUUUAAAGAAAAAAUCGUUGUUUUUCAUGAUUCAUGCGGAUUUAAUCUAGGUUUAUGAUCGGAUUUGAUCGUCAAUUAUCUCAGUUAAAUACAUUUGUUGGAAAAAAAAGAAGAAGAAAAAAAAACAGUCGAUUUACAACAGUCCAGGGGCGGACCCGACUUCGGCUCCAAGGUUGCUUCAAUUUUGGCCCAUUAUGACAUCCCACCCUAUCUUGGCUAUUUUUCUUUUUCUUUUUUUUCUUAUAAAAUUCGAUAAAUAUCUGCCCGUAAAAUACAGCCUUGUUGCUGUAUGAUAAUAUUCAUUUUAAUUUAAAUUGGUUAGGGAAUUUAAUUUUAACUAUUAUCAUUUAUAUUGCUCACGAAACACAUCACAGUAUUCGCAAAAGAUGCAUGGUGAUGAGCUUCUUGCACACCCUUUUAAGGUUUUCGUUUGAUUUUAUUUUCAUGAAAUUUCUCGCAAUUAUUUUUUAUUUUUUAUUUAUUUAUUUUUUUUCAUCUUUACUAACGUCUUUAUCCUCUGAUAUUUUCACUAUUGAGACUUAGUUCAACAGGGAACCUAGAACAUGGCAACACGCUAUAAAGAAAAUUUAAAGGUUCCCGUGGCUUGUUACCGGGAUAAAGCUGCAGUUUAUUUUUUUUUUCGAUUUUUAUUCAAUAUUUCACACCUAUUGACGCUGAAAAUGGUAAAGCAGAUUUACCAUGCUCAACUGAUUCGUCAAUUCGUUAAGUUUUUUUAGUUGUUAACUACGUUAUUUGUUAAUCGGUUUAUAGGAGUUAAUUUACGAUCCGCUUGAUGAGCAAAAAAUGCAAACAUAAUUUGAGUUUAGAAUUUAGGUUUAAUUUUUGUUCUGAUAAUCGUACAGUCAGUUCCAUUAGUUAAUUUCCUACACCUUUUUUACUGAAUAAAACUUAUUUUGUAUCAAAAAAA